AUGCGUCCCGCAGGCUUGGGGAGCAUCUUGCUGCUGAUGUCCGCCCUUCUCCUGCCCGGGGGGCUGUCAGCUGUUCCGCGAAGCUUUUCGCCGUCUCUGAGGAGCGGCCCGGGCGCCGCCGCGUGCAGGCUGUCCCGGGCCGAGUCGGAGCGCCGGUGCCGCGCGCCCGGGCAGCCCCCAGGGGGCGCUCUGUGCCACGGCCGCGGCCGCUGCGACUGCGGGGUGUGCAUCUGUCACGUGAGCGAGCCCGGCGUGUACUUCGGGCCCCUGUGCGAGUGCCACGAGUGGGUGUGCGAGGCCUACGACGGCAGCACCUGCGCAGGCCAUGGUAAGUGUGACUGUGGCAGAUGCAAAUGUGAUGAAGGAUGGUUUGGUGACGCUUGCCAGUACCCAACCAACUGUGAGCUGACCAAGAAAAAGAGUAACCAAAUGUGCAAGAAUUCUCAAGACAUCAUCUGCUCUAAUGCAGGUACAUGUCAUUGUGGCAGGUGUAAAUGUGAUAAUUCAGAUGGAAAUGGACUUGUUUAUGGUAAAUUUUGUGAGUGUGAUGACAGAGAAUGCAUAGAUGAUGAAACAGAAGAAAUAUGUGGAGGCCACGGAAAGUGUUACUGUGGAAACUGUUACUGCCAGGCUGGUUGGCAUGGAGAUAAAUGCGAAUUCCAGUGUGACAUCACCCCCUGGGAGAGCAAGCGAAGAUGCACAUCUCCAGAUGGCAAAGUCUGCAGUAACAGAGGGAUUUGUGUGUGUGGCGAAUGUUCCUGCCACGAUGUGGACCCCACUGGAGACUGGGGGGAUAUUCAUGGGGACACCUGUGAAUGUGACGAGAGGGACUGCCGAGCUGUCUAUGACAGAUAUUCUGAUGACUUCUGUUCUGGUCACGGGCAGUGUAACUGUGGAAGAUGUGACUGCAAAGUAGGCUGGUUUGGGAAGAAGUGUGAACACCCACGUUCCUGCCCACUGACAACGGAGGAGAGCAUCAGAAGGUGCCAAGGGGGUGCCACUCUGCCCUGCUCGGGGAGGGGUAAGUGUGAAUGUGGCAAGUGCACUUGCUACCCGCCGGGAGACAGCAGGGUGUACGGCAAGACCUGUGAAUGUGACGAUCGUCGCUGUGAAGAUUUGGACGGCGUGGUCUGUGGAGGCCAUGGGACGUGCUCCUGCGGUCGCUGUGUUUGUGAGAAAGGAUGGUUCGGGACGCUCUGCCAGCAUCCGCGGAAGUGUAACCUGACGGAGGAACAGAGCAAUAGUCUGUGUGAAUCGGCAGAUGGCAUAUUGUGCUCGGGGAAGGGUUCCUGCCACUGCGGAAAGUGUCUUUGUUCUGCUGAAGAAUGGUACAUUUCGGGAGAAUUCUGCGACUGUGAUGACAGGGACUGCGACAAACACGAUGGGCUCAUUUGCACAGGGAAUGGAAUCUGUAGCUGUGGAAACUGUGAAUGCUGGGACGGAUGGAACGGGAACGCCUGUGAAAUCUGGCUCGGCACGGAAUACCCUUAA